UCCAGCUUCUCAUCAGUAGGGGACUCAGCCGGAUCCUCGUCCGUGUACUGUCUUCGGUUCUGGUUCUGUUCUGGGAGUUAAUAAAGCUUUUAGUCGGUGAAACCUGGAGGAAUUCAGGCGGGUUGAAGCUGAGCUGCAGCCGCUGAGUCACAGUCAGCGGCGUCUGCAGGGGGAACCGCCAGAGAUGUGGGGACAGCAGGUCCAGCAGGGACGGGAUGCUGCAGAAGGAGACGGGCACAGAGACAUGGACGCCGCUUUCAGCCUCCUGGUCCAGCCGCACAGAUCAGGUGUUCAGGAGAGGCUGGCGGUUAAAGAAGAAGCUAAUGAAGAGCAGAGUUCUGGUGGAGACCAGCAGGACGCACAGCGUCUUCACAUCAAGGAGGAAGAGAAGAAAAUCUGGAGCAGCCCAGAGGAUGAAGAGCUCAGUGUGAAGGAGGAGACCGAUCUGUGUCUGCUUCCACUGAAUGUCGUUGUUGUGAAAAGUGAGGAUGAUGAAGAUAAACCUCUCUUCUCACAGCUUCAUCAGCCAGAAGUUGAAGAUCUUCCAACCAGCAGCUCAGCUGACCAGAUGAAAGCAGAAAGUGAUGAAGAGGACGGAGGAGGAGCAGAGUCCAGCAGGAACCCAGAGCUACACACUGACGGAGACACUUCCAGCUCUUCAGAGACGGAGGUCAGUGGAGAUAAAGAGGAGGACGAUGAUGAUGUGAACCAUCCUGGUUCUCAUCUGAAACACCCACCAGACUCCGGCUCUGAAACUGAGGACAGUGAGAACGACUGGAAGGAAACUAGAGCUGCCGAGUCAGGAGGAAACGCCGCCAACAAGUCGCUGAGCUGCUCCAAGUGCAGUCAACAGUUCAACAAGUCCUCGCUUCAGAGACACAUAACCUGUCCUUCAAAAGCAAGACCUGCAGGCUGUUUGGUUGGCAAGAAAAUUGUUAGAGAGAAGAAAAGUGUUGAGUCGCUGAGGAAGAUCCAGACAGGGGUUAAAUGUUUUACCUGUGACGACUGUGGUAAAAGUUUUAACUGGAAAAACAACAUAAAUGUUCACAUGAGAAUCCACUCUGGAGAGAAACCGUUUGGUUGUGACGUCUGUGGCAGAAAAUUCAGCCAAAAGUCCCAUUUAAACAUUCACACCAGGAUUCACACCGGAGAGAAACCGUUCAGUUGUGAUGUUUGUGAACAAAGAUUCAGUGAUAAGUCCCAUUUAAACAAACACAUGAGGAUCCACACGGGGGACAAACCUUUAGGUUGUGACGUUUGUGGACAACGCUUUAGUGACAAGACGAGUUUAAACAGGCACAUGAGAAUCCACACAGGAGACAAACCGUUUGGUUGUGAUUCCUGUGGACAAAGAUUCAGCGAUAAGUCGACCUUAAAGAAACACAUCAGGAUCCACACAGGAGAGAAGCCAUUUGGUUGUUACGCCUGUGGGAAAAAAUUCAGCCUAAAGGGAAGUUUAAAAACACACAUGAGAAUCCACACAGGAGAAAAACCUUUUGGUUGUGAUGUCUGUGGUCAGAGAUUUCGCCAGUUGUCUAAUUUAAAUGCGCACACCAGGAUCCACACUGGAGAGAAACCAUUUGGCUGUGCUGUUUGUGGAGAAACAUUUACCCAGACAUCCCAUUUUAACCGACAUAUGAGAAUUCACACAGGAGGGGAAUAAUCAGGCAGUAAAAGAGUUCCUACCUAAAGGACUGUAAUAUCUUUGAUUUUCUAUGAUCCAUGAAUGUUUUACCUUACAGUGUUUGAAAUGUACCGUACUGUUGUGAUAAGCUCUUUGUUUCAAUUAGUUUAAGUUGUUAUAAAAGCAUUCAUGAUUAAUUGUAGCAAUAGAUUUUAUUUGAGAAACAUUUAUUUCAGAUGUUAAAAAUAAAUUAAAAAUACAAUAUGCUUAAAUUUUAUAAAUUUAAAUAUGGCUAAAUUGAAUUCAUAUUUAAAUUAUGGCUCACAUCAGGAUCAAAACAUUUUCUCAGAUAUACUAACUUCAUAUUACGAAGACUUAAAAAUGCUUCAUUGUAACUUUAGACAUUCAUUCAUUAUCCUCUAGUGAUUUUUGCUUUAGCUCCUGCUAAUAGUGUUAGCUCUAGCAAUUUGUGAUAUAUUAAAUAUUAAAAUUUUGCUCCAUAAACUGGAUUAACUAAUAAAAGCCCACAAAGUCAACUGUG